AAAGAGGCCGCGGCGGCUGCGGGCCAAGCGCUCCAGCCCCGGAGCGGUCGCAAGGGCUCUGGCCUGCGGAGGCUAGCGACGCGCACGUGAGGAUGCUUUCUGCGUGCUUUUGAUGGCAGAUUUUUAAAGUCUGGGCUGAAAAGAACAAAACCUGGGGAGGAUUCAGGAAGACACUCCCGGAAGCCGUGGUAUCCAUAGAGACGCUGUCGGAAGUUAGAGUUGCUAGGAGGGCUAGGCGCGUCCGGUAAACUGCGUAAUGGCGGAGGUCCCAGAGGGUUACGAUUCCGGACCGGAUGAAGAUGAGAGCUCGAGUUCUGACAAAACUGAACUGCCUGAACUUCUUGAAAUAGCUGAAGAUGCCGAACCAGACACCAUUGCAGAGGCAGACCCGGAGCUACUCGUAGGGACUAACCAAGAGCCACAGCCAGAGACCACCUCCGAGACUGAGGAAGAGAACUUCGAACAGGAGCCGCCAGAUAACGCUGUACAGCUUAAACCAGCCAGGACGCCCGAGGAAGAAAUUUUCAAGGAGUCAGAUGUAGACCUAUUUAGUGAGACUGAGCCAGGGAUUCCCCAGGAGACACCUGGAGAGAUGGGAGGAGAGCUCUUCAGAGAUUUGGAAGUCCCUAUGGAUGAAAAGCUUGAGGAACCAGACCUAGAGUCACAGGAGGAAACCAUAGCAGAUAUUACAGAGGACAUACUCAUAGAGUCAGUUAAGGAAACAGAUCUGGAGCUACCAAAGGAAACCAAGCCCGAGAUUCUAGGGGCCACAUUCAGUGAAACAAGAUUAGAGUUAAUAGAGGAGCCCAAGCCAGAGGUUUCAGAGGAAUCACUUAGAGAGCAACAUGAAGAGAUAGCUCUGGAGCCUCCAGAGCAGACAGAACCAGAAUUUCCAAAUGAUAUUCCAAGAAAAUCAGUUGAAGAAACAGAUUUACAGCCACCAAAGAUGACUAAGCCAGAGAUUCCAGAGGAAACACGAAGAAAAUCAACUGAGGAGCAAGGGGCAGAGCCACCUGAGCAGACUGCACCAGAGUUUCCCGAGAAGAAACCAAGAAAAUCUACUGAGGAGGCAGGUCUAGAGCCUCCAGAAGAGAUUAAACCAGAGGUUCCAGAGGAGACCCGAAGAAAGUCAACUGAGGAGCAAAGGACACAGCCACCUGAGCAGACUACACCAGAGUUUCCAGAGCAGAAACCAAGAAAGUCUACUGAAGAUACACGAAGAAACUCAACUAAGGAGAGAGUCCCAGAACCACUAGAGGAGAUCAAAUCAGAUUUUCCUGAGAAAAAGUUAACAAAAUCAGUUGAGGGAGCAGAUCUAGGGCCACUAGAAAAGACAGAAUCAGAAGUUCCAGAGGAGACAAGAGGAAAGUUAAAUGAGGAAAAAAUUCUAUCACCACCAGAGGAGACCGAUCUACUGCUACCACAGGAGAUCAAACAAGAGGUUCCAGAGGAGACACAAAGAAAGUCUACUGAAGAGAAAGGUCUGGAGUUACCAGAUGAAGCCAAACCACUAUUUAGAAGAGGGACACAUGUAGACUCUUCCAAGGACGAUGGAUCAGAACCAAUCAAGUUUCAGUAUUCUGAAGAAGCCAGUGAGCUGGAGCACCCCAAGUAUCAAACAAGAAAGUUAUCAAAAAAAGAAACUAAAGACUCUCUGUUAGAAUUUUACAGAGAAAGUGAAGCAGAAUUAACAGAAACAGAUGAGGAGUUUUCUAAAGAAACACUUAAGCUAAGUGAUACCAUUAAAGAAGACGAAAGUGCACAUUCCUUAGAGUCUCAAAGGGACUUAGAAAAGUCCUUUAGUGAAAGUAAAGUAGUAGAUUUAUCAGAAGAAGUGAAGGAACUGGUACCUGAAGAUAAAGAAACCCAGCCAGAGAAAAAGAUUAAGCUACGAUUUGAGUAUCUUAAAUGGAGCCCAAAGGAUGUUGCAGAGUGGAUUAGCCGGCUAGGCUUCCCUCAAUACAAGGGGUGUUUUACCACAAACUUCAUCAGUGGCCGGAAACUCAUCCAUGUAAACUGCUCAAACCUCCCUCAGAUGGGGAUAACAAAUUUUGAGGACAUGAAGGUAAUUUCUCGGCAUACUCGGGAGCUACUGGGAUUUGAAGAGCCAUUGUUCAGACGUUCCAUUACCCUUCCCUACAGGGACAAUAUAGGUUUGUUUUUAGAACGAAAAAGUCAUACUGGGAUAAAAUCUAAUUCUUUGACCUUAUCUGAAUUUGUCCAAGCAGCAAGAUUACAGGAUUAUGCUCCACAGAUAACUUCCUCUGAAGAGACUCAGGCAUUACAUUCCACUGAACCAUAGCAGAAAGCCAUUUCACUUAGCCUGAAAGAUCAAACUAAACUA